CCAAAUCCGAUCGCGGAGAUAUUGUUUCAGAAUUCCAGUCAAAGUUUUCGAGAAUAGUCGAUAGAGAAGAGAAAGAUAACUUCAUUACGAAACUUUAUCGAAACAAGAUGAGCAUUAUGCCUUGGCCUGUUUUCAACGAAUCCUCCUUUUAUAAUAAUUUCAAACAAUUAAAAACUAAAUUAGACGAUCAAGAUUCCAAAUAUAAUAAUGCGAAAAUAUUUUUAGAGAAAGCAAAGGUCUUGAUGACGAAAUUAAAAGUUUGUGAUUGGGGCAGUGUACAAGGGACAUUGAUUACAUUGCGUACUCUGGAAUUGAAAAAGUUUAUGCAAGAUGCAAUAUCUCUUGGUUUUGAGCAAAAAGAAGAAGAUCCAUUUUUGUCGUGUGAAAAUAUAAUUGAACCGGUUUAUAGUAUAAAACAUUUAAUGGGGCGAGACGAUGGAAAAUCGAUACCUGAUCCUGAGCUAUCUUUAUCAGACAUUUUUGACGUGCAGGUUAAAUUAAUGCCUGAUGCUG